CGCAAUCAGACACGCCCGUCUCACAUAUCCUGAAAAAAACAGGGAGGGAGAGCCCCCCCUCACAGAGGUUGAGUAAUGCCCCUCUCAGGCUCUCGCACAUUUUGAGCAAUGCCCCUCCCUCUCUUGCCACCUCUCACACAUCCUCAGUCAUUCCCUCCUGACAAUCUCUCUCACUGGGCAGGAUGGAUGGAGUCAGAAACGUUGUCCUCAUUCCAAGUCCCUCUGUCUCCAAUACCAUCUCGUCCCCCACGGCGCCUCUCUUUCUGUUAGCACCACCACGGCUGCGAACUGGCAGUCCUUUCGCAAAUGCUGCAAACUCUCACUGCAUUGACAGUUGUACGCUGUUCGCUGGGGGGAUUCGUAUUCUACUGUUCACAAUUUUACAAUUACCCUCCUGUUUAGGAGGGUAUGAAGAUGGAGGAUGGAGGAUGGACGGUCGUGGAGGUGGAGGUGGAGAUGAAGGAUUGUGUACAAGGAGAUAUAGGAUGGAGGAUGGACGGUUGUGGAGGUGGAGGUGGAGAUGAAGGAUUGUGUACAAGGAGAUGUAGGAUGGAGGAUGGAUGGUCGUGGAGGUGGAGGUGGAGGUGGAGGUGGAUGUGGAGGUGGAGGUGGAGGUGAAGGAUGGAGGAUGGGGGAUGGUGGACAAGGAGAUGGAGGAUGGAGGAUGGAGGAUGGAGGAUGGCGGAUGGAGGGUCGUGGAGGUGGAGAACGGAGGAUGGAGGGUCGUGGAGGUGGAGGAUGGAGGAUGGAGGAUGGUGAGGAUGGAGGAUGGAGGAUGGUGGAUGGAGGAUGGAGGAUGGUGAGGAUGGAGGAUGGUGAGGAUGGAGGAUGGAGGUGGAGAGGGAGGAGGGAGGAUGGAGGGUGGUGGACAUGACGGAUGGUAUCGACGGCAGUUAACACCAUCAGUAAGAAACCUCCAUCAACUCUGCCAGUCAUAUAACAAAUAAUUGAAACGGCU